CUCGCGGGAGUUGUGUAGGCACUCCCAGAACAGACGGGCUGAGGUGUUACGUACAGAGAGAGAAGGAUAGGGGGAAUAUCCCACGCCACGGCUACUGACUGCAUAUUCGGUGCCUCCCCUGCGCCAUGUCCGAGUCGGUACCUCGCGUGGCUUCUCCUCGAGAAGAAGGGGAGUUAGAGGACGGAGAAAUAAGUGAUGACAGCAUCCGACCCAGUAGCCCGCUACCCAUUAGGCAUAGGCCGAAUAACCGUGGGCCCAGUCACCCGUACCGGCACCGCCCGCCUAGGCCUCCCCAGAAUGCUUACAGGCCUAAGGAUCAGUACCGGCCGCCGCCCCGUAUGCAGCAGCAGUCGCAGACUGCAGACUCUUGCCAGAGAUCUUCUUUCUGGGAACGGAGCCACGAUACCCUGGGCCGGUUCCGCUCCCGGGGCUGGGUGGGCCGGGGCAGAGUGGGGCGAUUUGGUGGUGACCGGGACUGGGGGGAUCGAUCGAUAAAAAGCAGCGGACAAAGGCCCAGCAGUAGCAACUCCGGCUGGCCGGAACUCUCCCCUAGGAAACCAAAAUGCUUUGUAAGGUCUCCGCCUAGGAAGUCUAGUCACUUGCCGAGGAAUGAGAGCUCUCAGGAUGAAAGCUUUGAGGAUUUGCUUCAGAAAUAUAAGCAAAUCCAGCUGGAGCUUGAAUCUAUUAACAAGGAUGAGAAGCUAGCCCUCUGUGUCAAUGAGGAUGAAGUCAAAGAAAAGGAAGGUGUGAUAAACAGCACGAGGGAGCCGGCCGUGAAAGAAGAAAAAAGUGUUACAGAUAACAGUAUCGCAGAGCCUCCCGUAGAAGAGAAACCCCCUGUAAAGGUCUUUCGAGCCUUUGAACUCAAGCCUCUCAAGCCAAAGCUGAAACUUUUUAUUGAGCAAAAGAAACAAACUACUGUUGAGGAAACUAUUCAAGUUCAAAUUUCAGGUGACGUCUCAAAACCCAAACAAGAAUCUGUUAGUAUUGAACAAGGGGAUUCCUGUGACAGCAACACACCAGAUGAAACCAGCAAAGUUGACUUCAAUGCUUCAACCGCUUUCCAGAAGCCCGAAGAGGAGGAAGAGUUGUCAGAGCUCCAUUUGCGGCUUCUAGCCUUGCAGUCUGCAAGUAAAAAAUGGCAACAGAAGGAACAACUGGUAAUGAAAGAAAGCAAAGAAAAACUAACUAAGCCCAAGGCAGAAACUCAAAGAGAGAAGAGUAAUACAAAUUCUCACUUAACAAAGAAAGCCAACUCUCCAGCCUAUGCAGCCAAACAAGCCCUUAGAAGGCAACAGACAAAAGCCUGGAAAAAAAUGCAACAACAGAAAGCUGAAGAAAAACACAAAGUGGAGGAAGAGAAAAAGAAACAAACGGAAGAGGAGGAAAGAAGAAAAAGAGAAGAAGAAAUACGGAAGAUUAGAGAUCUUUCAAACCAGGAGGAGCAAUAUAACAGAUUUAUGAAGCUUGUAGGGGAAAAGAAUAAACGUAGCAAGUCAUCAGUAUCUGAUAGGCUGGGUACGGAGAGUACAGGAACCAUUUAUCAGUAUGACAACUAUGAAGAAGUUGCCAUGGAUACAGACAGUGAACCCAAUUCCCCAGGUGCGUCUCCCGCAAGGGUUCCCUACUCCGCUGAUACUCCAGUGGGAUGUAUACCAUCAGCACUGUGUGUUACAGAGCACUUCCCUUCGGUAGUAUGGCCGGCUCCACCAGAUGUUACAUUUUAUGAAAAAACCUUCUCUCAAGUUUCUCCUGAAGCACCUCUUCCACCUCCUCCUCUUCCACCUGAUGAGCCUGAGCAACCUCCCAAACCUCCCUUUGCAGACGAAGAGGAGGAGGAAGAAAUGCUGCUGCGUGAAGAGCUACUGAAGUCCUUAGCCAAUAAAAGAGUCUACAAACCCGAGGAACCUACUAACAACAGCCGACUUCCGUCCCCACCAUCUCUAACCAAUAUCAUGCCUGUGCCAAGGAUCACCUUAACAUCAGCUAGUGUUAACAUUGCGUCGCAUCGUAAACAGACCACACAGAUUGUUAGAGUUCUGAGGCCGAUCCGUCGUAUCAUAAAGCUUCCCAAACACAAGUCAGUCGUGGUGACAUUAAAUGCCUCGGAUGACAGUGAAUCCGAUGGAGAGCUUCCCAGUCCAAACAUGAAUGCUUUUGGUGGCCUUGAGUCCAUGAUCAAAGAAGCAAGAAGAACUGCAGAGGCAUCCAAACCAAAACCACCUAAUUCAGAAAAAGAAAAUGAUCCCAUGAGAACCCCAGAAGCAUUACCUGAAGACAAGAAAACUGAGUACAGGCUGCUAAAGGAAGAAAUUGCAAGUCGGGAAAAACAGAAGCUCAUGAAAUCUGACCAAUUAAAUGCAAGUGCAUCUCCAACAAACUCUGACAUAGAAGUAGACGCAAACAAGAAGCCAGUCAUCAAUCCAAAAGUUGCUGAAGCAGAAGCAAAACAUAAGAAACAGAUGAUGUUGCUAUUAAAAGACGAGUCUGUCUUGAAGAACCUGUUACAGCAAGAGGCAAAGAAAAAGGAAUCCAUCAAAACAGCAGAGCUGAAGAUUGCCAGACUCACUGAGCAGAUGCAAGCAACUGAAAAGUUCCUCAAUGCCAAUCGUAUGUUCCUAAAGAAACUCCAGGAACAGAUUACCAAAGUUCAACACAGAGUUCAGGAAAAAAAGACUCUUAAGAUUAAAUAUGGGGAAGAACUUGCACGAGCUAAAGCACUGGUCAGUCGGGAGCUGGGGAAGAGGAAACUGGAGCAGAAUAUUGGUACAAAUCAAAUUUUUCAAUUUGAUACUGGCCUUGUGGGCAGCCCUAAAAGACAAUCUGCAGAGGCCAUUGCAAUGGAGAAGAAGCGACUGCAGGAGCUGGAGCAGGAAUACGCCCUCAAAAUUCAAAAACUGAAGGAAUUGCAAGCCCGCAAAGUAAAAGAGCAGCCUGUGCAUGUAGCCCCUGUCUUAGAAGAAGCCCCUGUCUUAGAAGAAGCCCCUGAAUUUGUGCUGCCCCAGCCUUCACUUCAUGACCUUUCUCAGGACAAAUUAACACUAGACACAGAGGAAAACGACCUUGAGGAUGAGGUUUUAUCUCCCUCUGUUAAAGAGAGGAGGAGAUCAUUCCGCGACUCCAACGCAUUUACCAAGCCGAACUUGAAGCACAGUGAGCUUACACCUAGCAAAGAGGAACAUAAGCCGUCCAAGGUGUUGGCUGAAGGGCCAGAACUUUUCCUAGGGUUGAAUAUUGAUGAUCUGAAAAGACUUCAUACCUGCUCAGAUAACCUGAACAAUCUGCUUUUACAAGGUGUCAUGUUAAUGGUGCCUCAAGAGAAACUUUCCACAGGAAAGGAAAUAUCUAUGGAUGUUGAUUUGUUUACAUCACAAACAAAACAGACUGACACACGACCCUUACCUUUUGGGCCAUAUCGUAGCCCACUUCUAGUUUUCAAGUCCUACAGGUUUAGUCCCUAUUUUCGGACGAAAGAAAAGCUGCUACUCAGUUCUGUCUCUUAUAGUAAUAUGAUUGAGCCAAACACUUUCUUCUGUCGCUUUGAUUUGACUGGCACUUGUAAUGAUGAUGAUUGCCAAUGGCAGCACAUGCGUGAUUGCACACUUAGCAGGAAGCAACUGUUUCAAGAUAUCUUGUCAUACAAUCUGGACCUAAUUGGCUGUUCGGAGAAAAGCACAGACGAGGAAAUCUGCGUUGCCACUGAGAAAUAUGUCGACAAACUCUUUGGUGUCAAUCGUGAUCGCAUGUCAAUGGAUCAAAUGGCAGUUCUACUAGUUAGUUAUGUCAAUGAAAGCCAGAAUCACACACCACCUCACACGACAUGUAAAGUGAAAAGAAAAUGGAGGCCGGUGUACUGGAGAAAGCCAGUGUCUGACAGCAGCAGCAGUGACGAGGAUGAGGCUACGAAGGUGGUCAAUACCGCGAAUCACCCGGAGCCCAAAACAAAAGUAGCCGUUCAGGAUGCUGUCGUCACUCCAGAUGAUGUGCGAUAUUUCACUAAUGAGACGGAUGACAUUUCCAACCUGGAAGCCAGUGUACUUGAAAACCCGCAUGGUAUUCAACUGUGGAUCAAAUUGGCAUAUAAGUAUUUAAAUCAAAAUGAAUGCACCCCAUCAGAACGUUUAGAUUCAUCGUUGAAUGUGUUAUCCCGAGCCCUGGAGCACAACCGAGAUAAUUCAGAGAUAUGGUGCCAUUACCUCAAGCUAUUUUCCAAAAGGGGAUCCAAAGAAGAGCUUCAAGAGAUGUGUGAGACAGCUGUGGAAUAUGCUCCUUCCUAUCAAAUCUGGUGUACUUUUCUGGUCUUGGAGAAAUCCUUUGACGGGAAGGAUUCCGUGUGCAGCAGAACCCUGCAGUACCUGAUGGAAAGAUUAGAGGAAGAGCCCAAAUCAGAGCAGCUUUCUCUACAGCUCUUGGAGACAUUACUGUACCGAGUACAUCUGAGCCUGUUUACAGGAAGAUUGCAGAAUGCUCUCGCCCUUCUGCAGAAUGCUUUAAAGUCUCCUAGCGAGAAGAGCCUAGGAGACCACCUUACUCCUCAAGAUCGCUGCUUAGCAUGGCUUUCUUACAUUCAUCUCAUGGAGUUCAGUAGCCUGCCUCCUAAAUUUUAUGACCCAACAAAGGGCAACCCCUCCAGGAUAGUUAACAAGGAGCCGUUUUUAAUACCUUGGCUGAAUCCCCAGAGUGUUACGACUGAGCCUGCCAUGCUUCUUGCUGUAUUUGAAGCUGCUAUAUCUUCGUGUUCAGAGGAUGGUUUGAAUGAAAAAGAAAGAAUUGAUGUUUGCCAACCACUUUAUAGAAAUAUGAUUGCAUUGCAUCUCCUGCUAAACAGCCAUACUGCUGUAGUGGAUCUCUGUAAGCAGCUGCUGGACUCUUCUGCUGCAAACUGUGAGAUACUAGAAAUCCUGUCUUUGGUUUAUUUAAAAAUGGGACAACUUGAAAAUGGCAUGGAUGCAUGGAUGACUGCGACCAGGUGUAAUCCUGGCAAUGCACAAGUCUUCUAUCAUGCUUGCAAGUUCUUUGCUGCACAGGGGCAUUCAGGCUACAUUCCGUCUUUGAUGGAAGAAUUUGUAAAAUCAUUGUUUAAUGGAGCUGAUGUGAAAUGUAGCACCACAGAACUCCUGAGACAUCUCCUUAAUUUCACAAAACCUUGGAAUUCCAAAGCACCAGCAUUUAAAGUGGAUGAGCCUCUUGACAUUUCAACUAUGCAAAAACCAUACCUGUGGCUUGUUUUUUGCCUGUGGCAGUCUCUCCAUCCGAAUAUCAGGGAAGCAGAAGAAGCAUAUGAAGCGGCUCUGGGAGCUGUAAUGCAGCAGGAUGUGCUUGAGAACCUUUGGAUGGAUUAUCUUGUCUUUACUAACAGCAAAAUCAUCGUAUCCAAAAAUAAAGCUCAAGAUUUUAAGCAUUUCUCGGAAUUAGUUAACAGAUGCUUGAUGACGGUUCCAUCUAGGUAUCCUGCCCCUUUUAGCACAGCAGAAUACUGGACCAACUAUGAGUUUCACAAUAUGGUCGUAUAUUUCUAUUUAAGUUGCGUCCCAAAGGUCCAUCAUUCAAAAAUACUGGAGCGCUUUUCUUCCAUGAUGCCUACAAAUAUUGGACUCGCACUCAGGGUACUUAAACAGGAAUUGGAGGAGAACAAUAUUCAGACUGUGAAAAUGCAAUCCAAGAUGUUUACAUAUAGCUUCCCAAUGUGCCUGUCCGUCUGGAAAAUAGCCAUCGCAGUGGAACUAUCCCUAAAGGGACAUAAAGAGGUCCAUCACCUGUAUCAACGAGCCCUCCAGAAGUUUCCUCUGUGUGCCGCACUCUGGAAAGAUCUACUCUUGUUUGAAGCAUCAGGAGGAGGUAAAACUGAUAACCUGAGAAAACUAGUUUCCAAGUGCCAAGAGGUUGGAGUCAGCCUAGAUGAGCUCUUAAGUUUAAACGCAGAAAGCAAGAAUUGCUGAACACUGGGUGCAGUCAGGUCAAGGUCCCAUUAAUUGCCAAAAUGAUCCAAGUUUAGCCUUGUUCCCUUAAAUCUGUGCAAGGUAGACCUGUUCUGAUUCAACAUUGCUUUCUGUAACCUGAAGAUCACACAUACUGCCCUUCUCAAACUGGAGAAAUGAAUACCAAUUUCAGGCCUGCUUCUGGGCCCAACAAGGUUCUCUUAACAUCACAUACGUAAGUAUAGUUCAUUCAAGUGGCUGCUGUUUUUUAUUGUUUCUGUCUGUGUUUAUUCUUCUCCUUGCCCCAUCCGUUUUUUUUUGUUUUUUUUGCCAUCCCCCUUUUAUUGUGCUGUUUCUAACUUACUUGACUCUCUCACUGAUGCCUGUAACACCCUGUGUUUGGAUUUAGUUUGAGGCACAAUCAGCUAGCGUCUGACACUAAAUCCUUCUCAAUUUGGUUAAUUUAUACUUUAAAGGAAAAAAAAAAAAGAUUUGGGGGAAUUUUGACAUUCCUCAUUCUAGAAGUUAAUGCAAAAAGCAGCAGGUCUUCAGAAAAGUAUAGCUGACAAGACAGUCGGUCUGCUAAGUUCACUUGAGGGAUUUUUUUUAUUUUUGUUUUCUAUUUUGUUUUUUCUUUUGUAUUACUGCACUCUGGACUCAAAGCAGAGACUGUUAAACUUGAAGAAAAAAAUUCUAUUGCAAUCGCCAGUGCAUCAGAACUGAAGAGUGGUCAGUUUAUUAUGUGCAAUUUUUUUCUUUGUGAAGAAGUUUAAUUUAUAAUAAAGUUUAACAGUUUAAAGUA